AUGAUAUUUGUGCAGCUGCUGAAGUUGAUCAAUUUUUUGCGAAUACGUCCCCGUUUGAUGGAUAUCCAUGUAAUGUUGCGCCACCUGGAUGGACGCCUGCAAUCGCAGGAAGAGUAUCGGAUAAUAGAGGAUAAUAUCCGUUGGGUGCAGGGACUCUUUCAAUAUAUAAUCGUUGCAUUUUUGGGAAGCGUUGCAGUGGCUAAUAUUAUUGUGCUCAAGGAAUCGAAUCUACAGAUGCCAUUUCAAGUUUGGAUACCAUGGGAUUGGCAUCAAUCGUUUUCUCUAUACCUGCUUACGCUGUGCCUACUGAAUAUUGGCCUCGUCACAAUGGCAUUCAUGGGGGUGGGCAAUGAUACCUAUCCGGUUGCCUAUCUCAAGAUAGUCGCUGCCCACUGGAAGGCGCUGGCCAUACGCAUUGCCAGGGUGGGGAAUACAAAGGGCACAACUCGCGAACUGAGCUAUUCGCAACUGAUUGAAUGCGUUGAGUCUCACCAGAUUAUAUUGCAAUUGCGACAUAUCCUUGAGGAUAGUCUGUCAUUUGCCUGUUUUAUUCAAUGCCUUUGUACAGCAACCGCAAUAUGUACACAAGCCGUUUUCGCAGCCCAAAUUAACCUGGACUUUUUCCGGAUUGUAUACGUGCUCAUUAUGCUCGUGAACAUGUUAACUGAAAUGUACAUCGUUUGCUAUGCCUCCGAGCUGGUGCAAUAUGAGGCCGAGCAGAUGACAAAGGCGAUUUACAAUUGCAAUUGGGUCUGUAUGCCUGUCGAGCAUCGUCGCAUCGUGUUAAUUAUGCUAAUGCGAUCCCAGCGUUCCGCUGGCAUUAUGGCAAUCGGAUAUUUGCCAGUAAGCAUGACAACUCUAUUGUCGGUUGUCAAGGGAGCUUACUCGGUGUACACGCUGCUGAAUCAAAUGAACUCAAUGAGUUAA